AUGGCCAACCCCUCGGCCUCGACGCCGCUCAAGCUGCGUGACAGCUGUGACGCCUGUGCCGCAUCAAAGGUGAAAUGCCACAAGCAGAAGCCCACCUGCUCGCGUUGCCAGAGGCGUGGCACUGCCUGCCACUACCUGGCCACCAAGCGCUCUGGCCGCCGCGUCGACUCGGUCGCCUUCUCUCCCGCCACUGCGUCGUCAGGGACGCACUGGGAGCAUUUCGACUUGGACUCAUGGCUCAGCGCGAGCACCACGAUAGCAUCCACCCACUCGACCAACGACGACAUCUUCCUGCGCCAGUUGCUUACCCCGACUGCCUCCUCUGCCGGCGCUACUUCCGCCCAGUCCUCGGCCCUCAAUCUAUCCUCUGCCGGACCCAACGACGAUCCUCUCAUGACGCAGUCCAUGUCGACCGUCACGACCCCUUGUACGCCCUCAAACUCUCUGGGGGCCGGGUCUGGUGGUGUAUCGCCCGUACACCUGCCCAUGGACCUGGACGACUACCUGCCAUCAUCCAUGGGCCUCUGGGCCCCCAGAAUCGACGACACAUCCGCUCUCGACACACUGCCCCCACUCGAAAUAGGCACAGAGUCGCAAUCCUCGGCUUCAGACAUCGCUACCACAUCCCUCGACACCUGCCUCACACGAGCUACAAGAAUCAUGCAACAACAAUUCUACCAAGCCACUUUGGAAUCGUCAAAUACUUUCUGUAAGCUUCGCGAACAAGGCGAAAAUACAAGUGUAACCGGACCAGCCCUGGACCUCGUCAUCGAAGCGAACAAGCAGUACAUUAGCCAGGUUGACUCCAUGCUGCAGUGUCAAUGCUUGCAUGACGGCUAUCUCCUCACAAUACUCUCACUCAUUGUGUUCAAGGUUUUGGACUCUUACGACGCAGCCGCAAGCUCAUCCGAGACUCAAAGAGCUGAUACCGAUGCCACAGAAGAUGAUGUGCGGCGUAUGGCUGCACAGCGCGUCAUGGGCGAGCUGCAUCGCGUACAGCGUCUAGUAAACCAGCUAUCCAUCAACAUCAAGCGACACACAACCACAGAAGCCCAAGAAAAAGUGCUAGGAUCACUUACAUCCGAUAGGCGGAAUGUCGAGGGCGAAGCAUUUCUUCCCUUCUCGACAGUCAUGCUGAGCCAAUUGGAGACGGAUAUGAGAAAACGACUUAGAAGCCUUUCGCUGGCAAUGACGCUGCAUCUUAGAAGGGGUUGA